AUGGCUACGACAACCCCCACCAGAUCAUCUAGUACCUCAUCCGCUGAAUCUCGUCCUACGUCGCCUGUGCGCCCAAGCAUGAACAAUGGUGAACCAUGGCACGAUGUUCUACCGGAAAAUAUCAUUUUGUGCCUCUGCUAUAAGGCGUUGUGCUUGAUCGCUGUAUCAAAGCCGUCGCUUGAUCACUGGCGUUACCUCAUAGAGCGUCCGAUAAAGAAAGAAUGGAUAGCACACAAGGAAAUGGUAGUAAAUCGGUUUGAAAACAUGAACAUCACGGCGGGUCUGGUUUUGACUACAACUGCUGUUUUUGUAUCUACUACACCUCGCAAGUCAUCUUUAUCUUGUUGGAAGCCUACAAAGUCCUAA